AGCUGAUUUGCAGCAUGCCCUCCCCAGGGCGAUCUGCCUGGGCCAGCCGCGCCUGCGGGCGCGGCGCCGCGCGCCGGCGGGCGCUGCUGGUGGCCCUCGCCGCGUGCCUGGUCGUGGGCUCGCUGCCGAGGCGCUGCCCGGGGCCGCGGUGCUCUCCGGAGCAGGGCCUCCGAGGCGCUCACGGCGGGCCCGCCGCCGGCCUGGCUGCCGUGGCGGCGACUCCGAGGGCCGCCGCGCCGCCUGGCCAGGGGGCGCUCUGGCCGGAGGUGCCCGCGUACACCCUGAGCGACGGGGUGCGGAUGCCGAAGAUCGGCUUCGGGACCUACCGCGUCCAGCCUGGCGAGCAGACCCGCCGGGCCGUGGCGGCGGCCCUCGAGGCAGGCUACCGCAUGGUCGACACGGCGCAGGUCUACAAGAACGAGAGGGAUGUUGGCCAGGCCAUCCGAGAUUCUGGCCUGCCGCGGGAAAGCGUGUUCGUGGCCACCAAGGUCUGGGACGAUUCCCACGGCUUCGAGGAUGCCCAGAGGGCUGGCAGAGCGAGCGUCGAGCAGUUGGGCUUGGAGUAUACGGACCUACUCCUCAUGCACUCGCCCGGGCAGAGGAUGGUGGAGACCUACGACGCUCUGUUGCGCUUGCGGGAGGCCGGCGUUACCCGCUCCGUGGGCGUGGCCAACUUCGGCAUCAAGCAUUUGGAAGCUCUCCGAAGGUCUGGCAGGCCACCACCGGCAGUGAACCAGAUCGAGAUGCACCCCAUUGUCUAUCCGGAGCGUGAGGCGCUCGUGGAGUAUUGUCGGCGGCACGGCAUACUGGUGCAGGCGUACGGCUCGCUGCUCUCUGGCAAGGAGGCAGCCCUUGCCCACGGGGCGUUGGUCGAGCUGGCCGCCGCCUUGGGGCGCCCUGUCGGCCAGGUGCUGCUGCAGUGGGGCCUGAGCCGUGGCUUCCAGGUGAUUCCCAAGAGCAUCGAUCCGAUCAGGAUGAAGGAGAACCUGGGCGCGCUCGGCGUCGCGCUGAGCAGCGAGGAGGCCAGCGGGCUCGAGGACGCCAUGCAGGACAUCGGCAGCCUCGGAGUGUACUGGAACCCUGUCGACAGGGCUCCCGUGGACCUCGGCGAGAAUCGACAGCUGGAAGCGGCACUGUUGGGCUCGAUGCCAAGCUGGGGCCCGGUGGACCCAGCCGACCUGCUGGAGCUCCCAGACUCCGUCCUCGCGGAUGCUGCCCGAGAGGCCAACCGGGCCACGAACGAGAGAGAGGCGAAGCAGACCGCCUCCGACCUGCUGGAGACGCUGGUCCCCGUGGGCGGCCUCCUGACGCUGGUCUUCUUUGCUGCCGUCGUGAAGGUCCUCUUCUUUCUGUGAGGAGUGAUGGGGAGGAGAGAAGGAGGAGGAGGAAGAGUUCCCCGGGCCAGCCGCCACCUCCCUCCACUCCGUCGCAGACCCUCGCGCGCUGCUCCUUGUCGGAGGACGCCAGCCGUCCACGGACACCGAUCCCGGUCAGGCCGAUCUCUUGCUCGAGGCUGGGCCAGCAGGGCGAGUUCAUCGACCCACGGCCACGUAUUGGCCUGGUCAGGACCAGCGUAGACGGAUCGUUGGUGUCCUCUCAUCCUCACUUCCAGGUGCGAGUGCCUGCACGCAUUUUCGCCCUGCCUCGCCCCUCCUCUUUUGGCCGGUGCUUUUGUGCUUCUGGCAUGCGCCAGGGUUUUUUAGCAGAUGGUACGCGUGACAGCCGCCCUUUGGCAUCCACGCUGCCCCUCCCCCAGAAGAAAAAACUGUUCAGUGGCGAUCGGAGGCGAGACCGCUUGCGCGACCACACCCUGUCGACAUGUCAUUGGCGGUGUGUGCGCCCGUGCGCUGCGCCGUCGACUCGGGUUCCUGGCCUUGCACUUCGAUAUACUAGCCGGCCGCUCUGCGGUUGAUCGGGAGUUUCUGUAUGUAGGACAGGAGGCAUGCGAUUGUGGGCGAGAAGAGAAUGAGCGAA